AUGCAGUCCACAUAAUCGUCUUAACACUAUUCAUCUAAUAAACCUCUUGACCCAGUCAAUAGUCAACCAUUUUACCCUAAAUCUAAGACACAUUCACAGUAAAAUCAGUAUCAAAGCAGUUCCAGUAUCAGUACAAAUGCCUACUAAGGUAAUAGCAACCACAACUCUGCUAAUGGAAAUUCAGCUCAUUCUACAAAUAAUAGCAUACAAAAGCCCUAACAAAAAGGAGGCAUGAUUCAAACCUCAAUGGUUUAUCAGCAAUACAACUAGAUAAACGAUAAUAAAAAAUACAAGAAGCAAUCUAGAGGAGGCUAAAGGCAGAGAAAAAUGGUCGAAAUGGGAGAUCCUGAUAACUAAUAAGAAAUUAUUGAUGCCUCAAGAUAGGAGCAAUCUUCCAUUGUAAAGAUCUUAGAAAAAGCCUAGGGCUAAUUAUCUGAUGAUGAAGAGUUCAUAAAAGUGUUCAAAAAGAUAGAGAAAUACUUAGAACUCUAACUACAAAUAUUUAAAAAUUCAGACAUACUUAAAACAAAUAUUGAGUCACUCAAUUUCGCUAGAAGAAUUUCAGGAUGGCUUCUCUUGUAUAUGGGAGAUCUUUCAAGAUAUAAAGCUAAAUGUGAAAAUUAAGACAAAGAUGUUGUUGGAAAAGCAAAGACACUUUACCCCUUUGAGGGCAAAAUUUUCAACCAACUAGCUGAGAGAGGAUUCACAAACUCAAAAACUGCCCUGAGGGGACUUAACAACAGAAAGGUCAGAGAUGAUAAAGUAUUUUAUGAUUUCAUCUUGGCUUUCUUUAGAUUCUAAGGUAUACUAUAUACAAGAAUAGGUAUUGAUGAACUAGAAUUGUUGGAACCUGAAGUCUCUCAACUAUUCAAUGAAUACUUCAUUUCAAUUGACAAGGAGGCAAACAAAAUUGAAGAAAUCGAUAAGAUUAUCCAUCUCAGUAUCAUAAUGAUUUUUAUUGCACAUGCUACAAUUGCUGAUACAAUUAAAGAUCUCCAGAAGCAAGGGAGGAAAAACUAAAAUUCAAUGAGAGAUGAAGUAGAUUAAAAAUAAUCUGCAAGAUAAGAGCUUGAGAAGGCAUUAAGCCAUUAACUUCCUCAGUUUGCUAUCAAGCAAAUAACAUAGCUUCUACUCCUUAUAAUAGAUAGAAUAUCGAGUCUACCGUCAUUCUGGCUAGAGGCUUUAACACCAAUAUUGACUUGGAUGACCUUGCAUAAAGAUGAUUAAUUGUUAAGCACCAUUUUCGAAACAAAUCCAUAAAUAGUCUAAGAUUUAUCUAGAAUACACAAACUCCUCAGUAAUUAUGUCCAUUUAGAGUUAAAAUCAAUUAAGGACGAAGAAGAAUAACUAUAAAUUACUUAAUUUAUUGGCAGCACUUUGUUGAAAGAAGAGUUUUUCUUUAUCGGCUUUUUACCACUUCAAUCAUAUUUAGAUCAUAAGAAAUAAGUAGGCUGUGGAGAGAAAUGUCCGCAAUAGAGGGAGUAUUUAGUGAGAAGCUUAAUUCUUAAGGAUCAUCUUGAACUCAUUAAAUGUACUUUUGAAGAUCUAAAGCAUAAUUCUUCAUCGAGCUCUGAUGAGAAGAAUGACUCAUCUGAGGAAAUCAAGGAAUCAGAGGACUUUUUCAGCUAGAUUGAUUAAAUAUCAAGAGUAAAUCAAAGAGUGGACUAAAAACCUAUGAUUAUUGUUGAUGCUUAAAAUUCUGCAAUGAGGCACGGAGGUAGUAAAUUCUUCUCAGUUUUGGGUGUCUAAAUAGUAAUUGAAUACUGGCAUAAGAAUGGUCAUUAAGUAGUCUGUUUCCUUCCUGAUUACCUCUUCAAUUAUGAUUAGGUCAAUACUAAAAAGAAACUUGCCUCAAUGAAUCUUAAGAAUGUGAAAGUCUCUCAGAUUCCAGAUAAUGUAUCGCUCCUACACUCUUUGGCUGAUAAAGGCUUCAUAGUUAAGACACCACCUUAGGAUUAUGAUGACUCUUACUGCAUCUAGUAUGCAAAGAAGUUCAAUGCUUUCAUAGUGACAAAUGACAAAUUCAGAGACUACAUAUUGAAGCAAGAAAAUAAUCCCGAUAAGAGUAAAGAGAGGAAAUGGAUUAAGGACCAUUCUAUCAGCUACACUUUUAAUGGCAAUGAAUUUUUGCCCAAUCCUGACUCUAAGAUCUUUGUGAGAUAUCCAUACGAAGAUUAUCACCAUUUCCCUCUAGACAAAAUGUGA